AUGCAUCCCGAGAUCCGCAGUCGCAGUCGCAUGCACCUCGACCACAUGCACACACCAGCCUCUGCGGUGCGCAUCCCUGCUGAACACGGCGGUUACGUGAAGACGCAGCUUCCUGCUUGCUUCGAGCAUCGCAACUCGAAACGUGAGCCAAGACGGGGCGACGAGAGCGGGUGGUGUCUGUCCAGCUCGAGUGUAGAAUCCAGGGUCCCCCUCGAGUUCUCACAGACUUCGGCUCGCCCGGAUCUCUACCAUCGCGCGACGCUCGCUUGGCCGCAGCACCAGCAGCAGACCCGCAUCGACGCUCGGCUCGCCACUUCGCUUAGCAAUUUCAAUUCUCCCUCGCCAGCGUCGCCAAGACCCGGAAGCCUGAUCUUCCGCCUUGCGUUGCGCGAGGGAGCCUUUGGCCAAAGAGAGGCCGACUCAAGACUUGGAAGCAUCGCAGCCAGAGCCAAAUCGGGAAGGUGUGGCAAAACGCACGAUGGCGCAGGCUGA